GUCCUAGCAACGUGAUUGAGCGCAGGUCCGGGCCUGAGAUCGCUGGACACGAUGGGCCUUUCUGGGGUCCGUGGGUUACUCUGGUUUAGCUGCAUCCUUUUAACGACGGCAUCGGUGGCGCAGAACAUAGCGGGAUUCUUUCCUUCUAGAAUUCUUCUCACUGGGCUGCAAGCCACAUCAUUCCUUGUUACAAACUCAUCUUCUGUCAGAUUGUCUCUGUCUCAGAUUACAGAUGCCACAACAGUGCAAACAGCAGGCUGCAGCGGGAGUAGCAACAUCAACGACUGGUUAACAUCUUUGGAACCGCUCUCUAAUCCGAAUGUAUAUAAAGUCACCUUGGCUCUGAAUAAGACGCUGACUCUCUGCACCGUGAAUGAGACUGAUUGCUGCGCUGAGUCCCUGUGCCGAGCGGAGAGCCUUCGGGUUUCUGCGUGUGUGAAUAAUGUGAGUGUUGCAAGUCUGCUCCUACAAGCGGAAAUCUAUGUCAACACCACCUUCUCCGGGAACGUUUCAGACAAUGCUACAGUGAUCCUGAAUCAGGCGUACCAGCCCCUCGGCUCAUGUCCUUGUAAUCUAACAGCUGGAGCCUGUGAUGUUGGCUGCUGCUGUGAUAUGGAAUGUAGUUCAAGCGUGAAAGAACUGUUUAAUGGAUUCUGUUACCCCGGGGUCUUUGGUGGAAAUGUGACCCCAGCUUUUGACCAGCUCUGUAGUGUUCAAGAAAAGAGUCGGGCUCCAGACUGGUAUCCCUUUCUCUGCGUUCAGUCUUCUAUUGACAAUUCACCAUUUCUGGGAUAUUUCUUCCAAGGUUCAGUCGUAUCUGUAGGUCAGCGACCUGCCUUCAGUAUGAACUCUGUGCCCACCGUGCAGGACUCCCCUGGUGGAUAUAGACAGGGGGCUGCCAUAUUAAUAGAUCAGAAUGGCGUCAAUGAAUAUUUCACAAUCCCGCAGCAAUCUACAAAUGGCGCAUGUGAAACGAAUGCCCCCGUGGCGUAUCUGCAGAACUUCGUUGCCACGUGUGUUAGUAACGUGAAUACAUGCGCAGACGUUUUGAUCCCUAAUUUGAAUAUGCCUGUAAGAGAUGGCAAUGGAGGUACAAUUGUUCCCUCAACAGAUGUUCAAAACAUUACUGUGGACAACUACAUUAUAUAUUCAGAUACCAGUUUGUCCCCAGUUGUACAGUGCCGGGAUGUUAUAAUAUCUGCAGACUAUACAUUCAUCUGGGAGGCUCGCACCCUCAGGGCAAUUAAUGUUACCAUUGUCACUGCAGACAUUAAUCUAACUCAUCGGGCACAACUAACCCAGCGUUUCACAGCAACUUUCCUUACCAGCGACCGUGCCGGCGUAAUAAAUGUUCUCUCUGGAAAUCCAGGUUACCAAAUUGGCAAACCCGUGAUAGCAGCCAAUGGGAGCUCGCCUCUUACUAGAACGACCAUCAGUUUAUGGAAACCUGUUGGGGACGGUUCUUGCUCUUCUGCAAAUCAAAGCCCAAUAUUGUAUGGACAAGAUUCCUAUUCUGGGUGUAUUUUGCAGGUGGUAAAUGAAGAUUGCAAUCAGCUAAGGGAGAUUGUCACUACUCUACUCAAGUCCUUAGUCCCAGCUAAUUAUAUAGCGAUGAGAGGCAACUCUAAUGUCAGCGACCUGAGUGAAUGGGUACCCAUUAUCUUUGAAGAUAAUAAUGCCACGUGCUCAGGAGGAGACUGCUUGGUAGAAAAUGUGAUGUGUUCAAAGGUUCCUGUUAACAUGAACAUACAGAUGCUGACGGCAGUGACUGGGGCAGUGGAGGGCAUAGCCCAGGAAGAGAUCCUUGGAGCCAGGAUAAGCUUUUCUACAGUGAAUGUUGAGUGCAGCACUGCCUGCACCCUGUCCCUUCCACUGAGCAGUUCUGUGCAGUUCAUCAAAGUACCGGCACAACCCGCACCGAGGAUUUCAAGUUUUCGGAUGAAUUAUACAGAAUAUGACUGCGAGAAGAAUGAUGUAUGUUGGCAGCAACUUGCAUAUCCACUGACAAAGUACUACACAGGGGAACCGCACCAUUUGACUCUGGCUAAAGGAAUGAUCCUGGUUUUUUUCUUCAUAGUUGCCUCAGUUCUGGGUGGACCGUGGAACAGAAUCCGUAAAGCAUGGAACAGUACAACACUUUGAACCUUUUUGGG